AAAAAACAGACAACAGACGAAACCACCCAAGAAACAGACAAUUAUAUGCAUAGUUUCAACUUUUGUCUCAAAAUGCCAACCUCUUUUCCCUAUCCUUCUUCCAUUUGUGUAUGUUCCAACUCCUCCCAUGCAUUUUUGGCCUUUUCCACCUUCUCCUCUCUAUGCAUUAUUUUUCCGUCACCUUUUCACGCCUCUUCAUCACUCUGAAUUCUGACCCUUCAUACCUUCAAAAAAAUUCCAUUCUUCUUCCAUCCCUCGCUUGUUUUCUCCAAAAUAUCAUCUGGGUAUUCCCUGGAAUUUAGUGGGGUGCCUUUGUUUUCUUCAUCGGAAAUCGUUGUUGUUGGAUUCCAAGCAUGGGAGGCUGUUGCAGCCACGAUGUUUCGGUUCGAGGGAAGGUGGAGAGCGAGAUGGAUGAUAGAGAAUAUGAGUAUGAUUAUGAAAAUGAUGUGUCUUAUCAACAAGGUGGAGCAUUGGUCAGGUUAAGAGGUUCCUCUAGGUUUGCAUCAAUGUACUCCCAACAAGGCCAGAAAGGUGUGAACCAAGAUGCAAUGACAGUUUGGGAGGACUAUACUGGAGAAAAAGAUGUGAUCUUUUGUGGUGUGUUCGAUGGUCAUGGUCCUCUAGGCCACAAGGUUUCACAAUUUAUUCGAGACAAUCUACCCUCAAAACUGUCUGCAGCAAUAGAAAUUUCACAACAGAAGACAAUCAAAUACUAUGAUGCCAAUGAUGCAGAAACUGGUAGCUUUGAUGAUGCCUACGAUGACAAUAACCACAACAUGUCCCUUGCUUCAUGGGAGGGAUGCUUGCUGAAAUCCUUUGAUGAGAUGGAUGAGUACCUUGCUCAGGAAAUUAACACUGACAGCUAUUGCAGUGGUUGCACAGCUGUGACAUUAAUUAAACAGGGUGACCAGUUGAUAGUUGGCAAUUUGGGCGAUUCUCGUGCAGUACUUUGCACAAGGGAUAGGGACCAACUCAUUCCUGUUCAACUCACUGUUGACUUGAAACCGGAUAUUCCAAGUGAAACCUCAAGAAUAGUUAACUGUGAAGGAAGAGUUUUUGCAGCAGAAGAAGAACCAGAUGUGUACAGAAUAUGGAUGCCUGAUGAUGACUGCCCUGGACUAGCCAUGUCAAGAGCCUUUGGGGACUUUUGCCUCAAAGAUUAUGGCCUCAUCUCAGUUCCUGAUGUGUUCUACAGAAAAAUUACCCCUCAAGAUGAAUUUGUGGUUUUAGCAACUGAUGGGGUGUGGGAUGUGCUCACUAACAGUGAAGUGAUAAACAUAGUAGCUUCAGCACCAAGGAGGUCCAUUGCAGCCAAGUUGUUAGUGAAGCGUGCUGUUAGAGCCUGGAGAUACAAGUAUCCUGGUUCCAAGGUUGAUGACUGUGCUGUCAUAUGCUUGUUUCUGGAUGCACAAUCUGCUCUAUCACACUCACAAUCCUACAGUAAUAGAAAGAGUAGACAGCGCAGCAAGCACUUGAAUCGCACUAAGUCCACUAGAAAUGAAGACAAUGAAACUGUAUAUGGCAAGGUUGGGGUGGAGCUAGAUGAAGAAUGGAAGGCCCUUGGAGGGUUUGCAAGAGCCAACUCUUUAUCAAAACUUCCACGCCUUGCUAGGGGUAUGAGUAAACGGCAAUCAUCUAAAUACUAUAUACCAAGUUGAAUUGAAGUUCGCUAACAAAAGGGCCUUCUGAGAAGAAAAUAAGGGGUCAAACACUCAAGUUGGACCUCAAGUCUUAUAUUUAGAAGGAGAAAAAAAAGGGGUUGAAGUUUUUAGGAUCACGUGUUUCCCUUGAAAUGAGUGAAAAAUUUGAUGAGCUUUAUAUGUAAAGUUAUGUUUAACAUUAAUUUCACUCAAUUUUUAAGAUACCAGACAGCAUAUACCUCAAAAGAUGUAAUGGUUGUGCCUUCUCAAAACAUUGGCAGGGACACAAUUGACUAAUUAUUUACCAUUUAUGACUGCAUUCAAUGGCAAUAUUUUAUGUCUUAUCCGUUUUAUA